AUAUUGCGAUUCCUAUACCGCGAACGACUCAAUAUGGACGUGAAUUGGCAAUAAAAUAUUAUUAAAAUAAUUAUUAUUAACAAUUUUUUAGUGUAGUUUUGAAGUUUUUUUUUUAAAUUUUUAGUGAACUUCAAACCUUAGUUCGGAUUUUGAGGUACUAGAUAGGUACAAGAUCAAAAAAUGUUAUUUCUACUGUUCGCCAUUUUCCUCAUAAGAGUUCAAGAUGGUAGUUCGUUAAACCAAGGAGACCGGUGUGUGUUGAAAAACACAAACACAGUGGGAGAAUGUACUCCAGCUUCCAAGUGUCAAUCGGCGAGAAGUGAUUACCAAAACAACGGCAUCCGUCCAACUAUAUGCUCGUACGAUUCGGACACCAUCUUGGUUUGCUGUACUGAUAACAGCAACAUUUUUGACACUCCCGUCUAUCAGCGCCCCACUCGGCCUGUGUGGGGUAGUUUUGGUACACCGACCAAUAACAACAUCAGACUUAGCGAGAAAAAAUGCGAGGAGUAUGGUCGCCACGUGACCCAAACAGUGGGUUUCAUCACACUGGAUGCGGAACCCGAAAAGAUGACCAUUUCCGCGCCAAAGUGUGACUACAACGGUGUCGAGCUGAUCGUGGGCGGGGAGAACGCUAACCAGGGCGAGUUCCCUCAUAUGGCUGCCAUCGGCUGGGUAGAUGUGACAGACAACUACGUGUUCCAUUGCGGUGGCAGUCUCAUCAGCUCACGCUUCGUCCUGACUGCGGGGCACUGUACCCGGACCCCCAACAAGCUGCUUAAAGACCCCUCACCUAAGAUUGUAAGGCUCGGAGACCAGAACCUCAACCCCAGCGUGCGAGACAACGCCAGCCCCAUCGACGUACCAAUCAAAACUAUUCAUAAACACCCGAACUACAACUCUCCGAGCAAGUACAACGACAUCGCCCUGUUAGAGUUGAAUGCAGACGUAGACUUCGAGACAGACAUACGACCGGCAUGUCUGUGGACGAAGCCCGACUUCCCAGGGUAUACCAAGGCCAUAGCCACAGGAUGGGGGGUCGUCGAUCCAAAGCAACCAACUAAGACCUCGGACGAGCUGAAGAAGGUGUCACUGAGUCUACUGGAAAACGACUUCUGCAAUGAGACCCUACGGGAUACCUUCUACCGGCACUGGGGCGGCUUCAGCGACGAGCAGAUGUGUGCUGGUGAACUGCGCGGGGGACAGGACACCUGCCAGGGUGACUCCGGGUCGCCGCUGCAGGUCGCUUCACGUGCCAACAAGUGCAUCUUCCACGUGAUCGGAGUGACGUCAUUCGGGCGCGCCUGCGCACGCUCCGGCAAGCCAGCGGUCUACACUCGCGUCUCCAGCUACUUGGACUGGAUCGAGGCCGUAGUGUGGCCCGGGGAGCAAUAAACACUUUCUUUUCUACUUUUUUAAA